UCUUGAAUUAUUUAAUAAAUAUAUAUUAAAUUUAGACUCAGCAUUCCUUUUAAGAUGUCUGGGCAGGCCCUAUGUUUAAGAUGGUCUGGUCCUUCACUAUGAUCUGGUUCAGACACUGAGAUAUGAUUAGAUAUUCAAUGUCAACCAUUAGUUUUGUGGCUGAAUGGAAUGCUGAGCCCAUCAGUUAGACCAGGGGUAUGAAACGGGCCAGUUUCAUCAUACCGAAGCCAAGCCCACCCCAUUGCCGGCAAUGCAAAAAGAAUUGUGAUACGUUGUGACAUGUCAUGUGACACGGCGAGUUUGACACCCGUGAAUUGGAUUAACUGAAAGUUUAUUUAGAUGUAGCAGAUAUUUAGAUUCAGUAGAGCAUGGGUGGCAGCUUUAAGACUUGUGGAUUUCAACUCUCAGAGAUUUCCUAGCCAACAAGUCUUAAAGUUGGCAAGAUUGUCCAACCUUGGCAAUAUUAAGACUUGCUGGUACUGCAAGAAUAGAGUACUAUGUUCCUAAUCAAUGAUAUUAAGAAAAACCAAAUAAUAAAUAAAUUGUUAUGCCAGUUGCACAUUUUAGUUUGGCUUGAUGGUAUUUGAGAAAGUGACUGGUUUGUGUUUACACAGUGUAUUUAUGAGGGCUGAAUGAAAAAUAAUGUUUGCAGUGUUAUAAGUCAUCAAUACAUGGCACUGCUAGCACACUCAAAACUCUGAUAUCUUCUUUAGCAUUUGUUCUUUAUUUUAACUGAUGGGAAGUUGUUAUAAGAAAAUGUUGGUGUUUCUGUUAUUUUGUGAUAUAGAACCCUGCAGUGAGUGCACAUUGGUGCACUUUAAAUCACAUGUUAUAACUAUUUUUUUUCUGGCAAUGGGAAGAAAUUCAUCACCAAAAGCAACUUGUUUAUAGAAUUGAUUGAAUUGGCAUGAAUAGUGGGCAUUGCUGGCCCAAAAAUAUAAAGUUGGUAAGCCAGAAAAAGUUGAUCUGGGUGAGCAUGAAUGAAGAAGAUAACAUCUAACAGCAGCCAAUGAGUUUCACAAGAGAAGAAUUGAUGAAGUGAUUAAAGACAAUUGAUGGAUAACUUAAAGGGAAACUGCUAUCAAGCGUGAAAUUUCACAGAAAUGUCCUGUAUUAUUCCAACAGUGAAAUUGAAUUGUCUUGCUAUGAAAAGACAGAAGGCUGCCAUCUCUAUACCGUUAUAUCAAAAACCAGCCCCACCUAGAGAGCAAAUUAUAAUUUUUGUGGUUAAAGUGGGACAUGAAAUUACAACUGGAACAGGACCCAAGAAGAAAAUAGCGAAACGGAAUGCCUCUAAAGCUGUGUUAUUACAGCUUGGCUGUAAAGCCUCUUCUCUACUUCAGGAACAGUCAGAAACGCUAGAAGAGAUCAAGCGAUGGAAUUGUCAAAAUGUUGGCUGUCCAGAACCAAAAACAUAUUUUCUGCAAUCCAGAAAACAAGUUCCUGGAGCAGUUUCAACUCCAUCUACAGCCCAGCUCUACAACAUUCUUUUGAAGAAGUAUGACCAAAAUUGCACACAGUGGUAUGCAUAAUUGAUGGCUUAAAAUUAAUUUCUCAAAGACACACAAAACCAAAUCAACAUUUAGCAGAGCUAAUCCCCAGAAAGACACUUUCAUCUGCUGAUUAGUCAUGCCCCUGCAAGCCUCAAUAACCUGAGGGGUCUAUGACAACUUUUCCCGGUUAUUCUGUAGCUGCAUCCUUAGCAAAUCUCUUUGGUUCUGCCCUCCACUGGCUCUCAAGAUAGAAUAGGGCUAAUUGGCAUAAACUGAAGUCAAAAUCAUCCUAAAUCUCAUUCAAUAAAGAAGACCAGGAAGAACCCAAGCAUUGCACAAAGUAUGUAUUGCCUAUAAUGUAAUGUAUACUCUAUACAUGUAAUAUAUAAAUGUAAGUGUAAUGCACAUGAAUAAAUUUGGAAAUAAUUGUGGACAUUUAAAUAUAAAUCCAAUCUUCUAUCCAUGAAAUGAAGAUAAUAAUCUCUGUGACUCUUAUUGUCCAGCUGCCUGAUAACUUGGAUUAGGGAGCCCUUU